AUAAACCCGAGUAGAAGCUUUCGUUUUCUGAGUCCUUGGCCGAUUCUUCGUCUUUCCAGAUUCGUUUGUCGAUCACGUCGAUCUCGCCCUCCACACCCUCUCCGCCGCGCAUAAGCAGCAUAUUCAUCUGAAAUCGAAAGCUGAAAACGUCUUCACGAGCCAAAUUACCCUGAGUCCGGUCCAAUAUUUUCCUGAGAAUGGAACAGGCUGAGAGCGCUUGUUCUUUUGAAGCGAGAGAGAGCGAGAGCCAGAGCAAGAGGAAGAGAUCGUCGACUUCGCUGCCGAUCGGGGAAGGGCAACGCCGGGUCAGAGGCCGCCCAGCCUCUCCGAGAGCAAAGCCCACUCUGGUUCAGCCUUCAGCCCUUGGUUUUCGUAGCAAGACUCUCUGUUCCGAUGCUUCGCAUUCUAGGGAAGCACAUGUACCAUCAGCUAAUCUAAUGGCUGCUUCUUCGAAUAUGAAAAGGAAUUAUUACCAUGUGUUCCUCAGUUUCAGAGGACCAGAUGUCCGCCACGGCUUCCUCAGUCAUCUCUACGCCGCUCUGGACCAGAGAGGAAUACACACUUUUGUGGAUCGCGAGGAGCUCAGGAAAGGAGAGCAAAUAUCGCCGGCGCUCAUGAGAGCGAUCGAGGAAUCGCGCAUCGCGAUCAUUGUCUUCUCUGAGAACUACGCCUCCUCACCGUGGUGUUUGGAAGAGCUCUUGAAAAUCAUGGAGUGCAAGGAGCAAAACGACCUGAUGGUGGUGUUCCCAGUGUUUUACAAAGUGGAACCGAGAGAAGUGAGAGGGGGCAGAGAGAGUUAUAAGAGAGCUAUGGAUAACCAUGAGUCCAAGUUCGGGAAGGAUUCAGAGAAAGUGAAGAGAUGGAAGAAGGCUCUCUCUGAAGCCGGUAGCUUGUCUGGGUGGGAGUUGAAUGACAGUGAUGACGAAGCGGAGCUCAUACAAUCCAUCAUCAAUGAAUUAUCAAGUCGUCUCAGACCAAGAUCCUUAUAUGUCGCUAAGUAUCCAGUCGGUAUAGAAUCCCAAGUUCAAAAUCUGAUAAGUUUGUCAGAGCAAGCUGGCAGUGAUGUUUUGAUGAUAGGUCUAUGGGGACCUGGCGGCAUUGGAAAGACAACGAUUGCUAAGGCACUAUAUAAUGCUAUUGAGAACCAAUUUCAGGGUUGUAGUUUUUUGGAGCGAGUUAGAGAAAAAUCGAACCAAAGCAGUGGUCUUGUUGCUUUGCAAGAACAACUUCUAUCUGAGAUCUUUUCUUGUCCAGAAUUUACGGUCUACACUGUUGACAGAGGAAUUAGUUUGAUACAGGAAAGACUAUGUCGCAAGAAGGUUCUCCUAGUUCUCGAUGAUAUUGAUGAUAUGGAUCAACUAAAUGCCUUAGCUGGAAAAGGCGAUUGGUUUGGCAAAGGGAGUAGAAUCAUUGUUACAUCAAGAGAUAGACAUUUAUUAACUUCUUAUGACAAAAAUUAUGUGCAUGAAGUCAAAAUUUUGGAAGACAAUGAAGCACAAGACCUUUUUGGUCAGCAUGCCUUUACAAACAGCAAUAAAGUAGAAAUAAGAAGGGAUCUCAUCGAUGGAGCACUGCAUUAUGCCGGUGGCCUUCCAUUAGCUCUGGAAGUGUUGGGCUCAUUCCUACGUGGAAGAAAGGAACCUGAAUGGAAAAGUACGUUGCAUAAACUCUCUAAAAUUCCUGAAUCAAAAAUCAAUCGAGUUCUCAGGAUAAGCUUCGAUGGAUUGGAUGAGAAUGACAGGGAGAUUUUCCUUGAUAUUGCUUGUUUCUUUAAGGGGAAAAGUAUAAAGGACAUCAAGGAAGUUCUUGACAGCUGUGAUUUCGACACAACCAUAGGAAUGGAAAUUCUCAUCGAGAGGUCCUUGAUAAAAAAUGAGCUGGGUUACCUGCAAAUGCAUGAUUUGAUUCAGUCGAUGGGUCAGGAUAUUGUUAAACAAGAAUGUCGCGAUGAUCCUGGGAAGCGCAGCAGAUUAUGGCUUUUGGAAGAUGUUGAGGACAUGUUUUAUCAUAAUACGGGGACGGAUGCAGUAAAGGCCAUAGUAUUGGACUUGCGCCCACCGGAAGUAAUAAUCAUCAGUCCUGAUGCUUUCACAAAUAUGAAAAAGUUGAGAAUACUCAUUUUUCUUGGAGUUCUGAUCUCUUCACAAGCUCAAGUACGUCUCCCUAACGAGCUAAGAUGGCUUGAAUGGCCCAAUGCCCUGAAUCUAGAAUUUGGCUCUGGUUUGAAUAAACUCGUGAGACUCGAUGUCCCGAAAAGUCAUAUCAGACAAUUUGGGGGCAACUUUCAGAAGUUCAGAAAGCUGAAGUCCAUCAAUUUCAGUGAAUGCAAGUCCCUAGUUAGUAUUUGCGACCUGUCAUUGGCUCCAAAUAUGGAGAAAUUGAUUCUUAAUGGGUCUGAGAACUUGGUGGAGGUUCACCCAUCCGUUGGAAAUCUUGUCAAGCUAGAAGUUUUGUCGCUAGAGUCGUGCUCUAAUCUUAGUAAUUUUCCCGACACACUGAGGACUAAAUCUCUUCAAACCCUUGAUCUAUCUGGUUGUUCUAAAUUUGAGAAGUUCCCAGAUAUAGACGGAAAGAUGGAACAUCUGAAAAGACUUGAUCUACGUGGGACAGCUAUUAAAGAACUCCCUGCGUCAAUUGAAAAUCUUGUCUCUGUGGAGUCAAUGAAUUUAGCAUCUUCAAACCUCGUGAGAUUCGGGAGACUCGAUGUCCCAAAAAGUCAUAUCAGCCAAUUAAGAGGCAACUCUCCGAAUUUUAGACAGCUGAAGUCCAUCAAUUUCAGUAAAUGCCAGUCCCUGGUUAGUAUUCACGACCUGUCAUGCGCUCCAAAUGUGGAGAAAUUAAUUCUUAAUGGGUGUGAGAGGUUGAAGAAGGUUCACCCAUCUGUUGGAGAUCUUGUCAAGUUGGAAGUUUUGUCGCUCGGAGGGUGCUUUAAUCUUAGAAAUUUUCCUAACACGCUGAAGACUAAAUCUCUCCAAACCCUUGAGCUCUUUGGUUGCUCUAAACUUGAGAAGUUCCCAGAUAUAGACGGAAAGAUGGAACAUUUGGAAGUACUUCCUCUAUAUAAUACGGCUAUUAAAGAACUCCCUGCAUCAAUUGAAAAUCUUGUCUCUGUGAGGCAGAUAGAUUUAUCAUUUUGCGAAAACCUCAUGAGGCUUCCGUCGCACAUUUAUAAGUUGAAAAAUCUUGAGUCUUUCUGUCUUCGUGGCUGCUCGAAUUUAAUCACGUUUCCAAAAUACAUGGAGGAUUCAACUGAUCCUGAUGGCCAUGUGGGAUUCCGAAAACUAAACCAUCUACUACUUGUGGGGUGCAAUCUAUCGGAAGUAGAGUUCCUUGAGAGUUUUUCCAGUUUUCCUGCAUUGGGGUGCCUAGACCUUCAAUAUAACAAGUUUGCUCAUAUGCCGACAUGCAUCAACAAGUACUAUUGUUUGCACACAUUGAAUGUUAGGGGAUGCAAGCUACUACAAGAGAUUCCUCAACUUCCACCAAAUAUCAAUCAUCUAUCAGCAGGUUAUUGCAAAUCUCUGCAAAAACUCCCAGAUACAGGGGGUCUCUCCUGCCGCAAUCUUCGGGUUGACUUGACUUCAUGUUGUGAAUUAUUCCGCAAUGGGGUCAAUAUGGAUGAUGUGGCUAAUAUGUCAUUACUCGAGAAACUGCCAAAGAUGAAAGAUGCCAUCGACAUUGUCCUAAUUGGAAGAGAGAUGCCUAAAUGGAUUUUCCCCUGUGAAGAGGAUUCCAUAUCUUUCAUGGUUCCUCAGGACUUGUAUAACCACUUCAAAGGACUAGCAUUCUGUGUUGUUCUCAGCCCGGAGGAAGGAAAAGUGGUCAAUAGUUCAUGUAAUUACACAAUACUAGUUAAUGGCCAAUUUGAAAGAGAUGGCACGAGAUAUGUUUCUGGGAUGGAAUCUGACCAUGUGUGGCUUAGUUAUAAGUUACUGAAGUUAGAGCAGCGCCUACAAAAUGCUUGGAGCCAUUUCGAAGUUCGCCUCAGAGCAGAAAAGGGAAGCAUAAAGAAGUGUGGAUUCCGUCUAAUAUGCGAGCAAAAGGAGGAUGAUCUGAGGGUGGCCACCAUCAGCUGAUAGAAACAAAGUGCAGUUUUUUGGGGAAGACUUAGAAGAAGAUAAUUCAAUAGACACCGAGGAAGAAGAUGCUCCAAUUGAAACGGAUGUAGAGGAAAGCGAAGACUCAGAAGAAGAUAAUUCAAUAGACACCGAGGAAGAAGAUACUCCAAUUGAAACGGAUGUAGAGGAAAGCUCAUCACCUUUAACAAAGAAGAUGAGACGGUCUUAAUUAUGAUGAGACUAUGGGUUCCAAUGUCUUUGCUUUUCCCUUUUCCGGGCCUCCACUAGAGAUUUGCAAGUGUCUGCUCCUUCAAUUAGAAUUCAAGAUCAUUAUAAAACAGAGGUUUCGCACCA